UGUCUACUGCCGCUGCCGGGCUUCGUGCGUUCGCGUCGCGUGUGUGGGCAUCCAGGACGCUGAAGCGUUCAGCCAUUAAAUCCGUGUGGCCCAAAGCCGGGAAAACUGGCUGUGCCAAGUGCCGAAGCCAUCCAGCAAAGGCCCUCGGGCCAAGUGUCCAAUGUGAAUGAUACCAUUAUUGUAUCCGUACUGCCGCGUAUAAGAAAUCAACCUACAAGGAAAUUAAAUUUUGAAAUGAUGAAGAAGCAUUCAGUGAAGUUCGUGUUUAGUUUUUGUUUGUGUUGUGUGCGAACAUCGUCCAUGGAAUCAUUAGCCGCUUUCUCAUCGUUAUCUGCACGGCUCUCGAGGAACGAGCAGAAGUAAACAGACAGCAAAAGCUCGUUUACGAUGAUUACCCAAAGGCAAAAUCUGCUGAAACAACGUCAAAAACUAAACAGAAUAAAAAGCAACAGCUUAUAACACAAACAUAGCUUAAUUGGCAUCAAAAAACAAAACACACCAACAAGUGAAAUCAUAUUUUAAUAGCCGGAGGGGCGAGAAACAAAUCAGAGAAAACAAAAAUCUAUAACAAAUAACAACACAAAACGUAACGCAAACCACCGCAGAUAUCGACUUAGAUCAUAAAUAAAUACAACAAAAUAUAAAUACCAAACACCAAAGGGCAAAAACCACAAAUAAAGAUAACAAAAUGACGCUGAGCAUACUGGCCAAAUCCAAGCAUCAGCUCAUCAUCUAUGUCUUUGUGGUGCUCCUGACGACGGCCACCCGGGCAGGACGGAUCUUUGACGUCACAAAUCUGGACUACGUUAAGGUGAACGCCGAGGCUGGCAAGAACGUGACCAUACCCUGUCCGGGCGUCAACGAGCACUCGCUGGUGGACACGCUCGUGUGGAAGACGGCAUCGACGACAAUCGCGCAGUUCGCCAACAGAAUACCCCUGCUGCACAGUCCCAGGAUACAACUUCUAUCGGAUAAUUUCGGGCUGCAGUUCUCGCCGUCGCUGGCCAGCGAUACAUCCGAGUACAUUUGCCUGGUCAACGAUCGUCACAUACCGGAGGCGAUUGUCGAUCUGCUGGUGCAGGAUGUGCCUGAUCCACCGGAGCGACCAUUGUUGAUAAGUUUCACAUCGCGCUCGGUGAACCUAUCCUGGGCGCACUCGCAACACCCGCGGAAUGCACCCGUCACGCAUUUUAUUAUUGAAACGCGAGAGGGCGAAGAUGGCAUCUGGGAUCAGCUGGCUCGCAUUUAUACGAAAACGAAUGCAACAUCAUAUCAGGUGACCGGCCUCACGCCCUUCACCGUCUACAGCUUUCGCCUGUUGGCCGUCAAUAAGCUGGGAAUGAGUCCCCCGUCCAAGGAGUCGUACUACAUUGUGACGCUACGGGAAGCGCCCACGGGCAAGCCCAUACCGACAACGGCCCACAACACGUCCUCGACGUCGGUGUACAUCUCAUGGAAGCCACCGCCACCGGAUACCAUUCUCGGCGAAUUUCUCGGCUAUCGCAUCACAUAUCGGCCACGCGAUCGCGAUCCAAAUGACACCAAGGAAAUCUAUAUAAGGGAUAACACUGUGGAGAGCCAUGAAAUACAGAAUCUGCAGACAUACACGCAGUACAAGGUGACCGUGCAAGUAUUCAACCCGGAAGGUCUGGGACCGGAGACAACCAUCCUGGUGAUGACCGACGAAGGAGUGCCAAGCAAACCCCAGAAUCUCACCGUACUGGAUGUGUCCGCGAACAGCAUCACGAUGUCAUGGCACCCGCCAAAGAACCAGAACGGUGCCAUAGCCGGCUACCAUGUCUUCCACAUACACGACAACCAGACAGGCGUGGAGAUUGUGAAGAACUCGCGGAAUUCGGUGGAAACCCUCAUACACUUUGAGCUGCAGAAUUUGCGACCGUAUACCGACUACCGUGUGAUUGUUAAGGCAUUUACCACCAAGAACGAGGGCGAACCCUCCGACCAGAUUGCCCAGCGCACCGAUGUCGGUGGUCCCAGUGCGCCGGCGAUUGUGAAUUUGACAUGCCACUCCCAGGAAUCCAUAACGAUACGCUGGCGAAGACCUUACGAGUUCUACAACACGAUCGAUUUCUAUGUCAUUAAAACGCGCCUGGCGGGACAGGAUUCGCAUCGGGAUAUACGGAUCAAUGCCUCGGCCAAGGAACUGGAAACGGCGAUGAUUCUGCAGAAUCUAACAACCAAUUCGUACUACGAGGUCAAAGUGGCAGCGGCAACAUUCAGUGUCAUAAAUCCAAAGAAAAUAGUCUUGGGCAAAUUCUCAGAAUCAAGGAUUAUCCAACUCCAGCCGAACUGCGAAAAGCUCCAGCCACUGCUUCGUCAAUCCCAUAAUGAUUACAACCUGGCCGUCUUGGUGGGCAUUAUCUUCAGCUGCUUCGGCAUCAUACUCAUCAUCAUGGCCUUCUUCUUGUGGAGCAGAAAGUGCUUCCAUGCCGCCUACUACUAUCUGGACGAUCCGCCACACCAUCCAAAUGCCCCGCAAGUGGACUGGGAGGUGCCCGUAAAGAUUGGCGAUGAGAUCCGUGCCGCCGUGCCCGUGAAUGAGUUUUCCAAGCAUGUGGCCUCGCUGCACGCGGAUGGGGACAUUGGCUUCAGCCGGGAGUACGAGGCCAUUCAGAACGAGUGCAUCAGCGAAGACCUGCCCUGCGAGCACUCCCAGCACCCGGAGAACAAGCGCAAAAAUCGCUAUCUGAACAUCACAGCCUACGACCACAGUCGCGUCCAUCUGCAUCCCACGCCAGGACAGAAGAAGAACCUGGACUACAUCAACGCCAACUUCAUUGACGGCUACCAGAAGGCACAUGCCUUCAUUGGCACCCAGGGCCCCCUGCCCGACACUUUCGACUGCUUCUGGCGCAUGAUCUGGGAGCAGCGGGUGGCCAUCAUUGUGAUGAUCACGAAUCUGGUGGAGCGCGGCCGACGCAAGUGCGACAUGUACUGGCCCAAGGAUGGCGUCGAGACCUAUGGUGUCAUUCAGGUGAAGCUUAUCGAGGAGGAGGUAAUGUCCACGUACACGGUUCGUACGCUGCAGAUCAAGCAUCUGAAGUUGAAGAAAAAGAAGCAGUGCAAUACGGAGAAGCUUGUCUACCAAUAUCACUAUACGAAUUGGCCAGACCAUGGCACACCGGAUCAUCCGUUGCCCGUGCUGAAUUUCGUAAAGAAAUCCUCGGCUGCCAAUCCCGCCGAGGCUGGUCCUAUUGUUGUGCACUGCAGCGCUGGCGUUGGUCGCACUGGCACCUACAUCGUCCUGGACGCCAUGCUCAAGCAGAUCCAACAGAAAUCGAUUGUGAAUGUGUUUGGUUUUCUGCGUCACAUUCGUGCUCAGCGGAAUUUCCUUGUCCAGACCGAGGAGCAGUAUAUAUUCCUGCACGACGCACUCGUGGAGGCCAUUGCUUCGGGCGAAACCAAUUUGGCGAGCGAUCAGGUCGAGGAGCUGAGGAACUGCACUCCGUAUCUGGAGCAGCAGUACAAGAACAUUAUUCAGUUCCAGCCCAAGGACAUACACAUUGCGUCGGCCAUGAAGCAGGUCAACUCGAUCAAGAAUCGCGGUGCCAUCUUCCCCAUCGAGGGCAGUCGGGUGCAUCUCACCCCCAAGCCGGGUGAGGAUGGCAGCGACUACAUCAACGCUUCGUGGCUGCACGGCUUCCGGCGGCUUCGGGACUUCAUUGUCACACAGCAUCCAAUGGCCCACACGAUAAAAGAUUUCUGGCAAAUGGUCUGGGAUCACAAUGCACAGACAGUCGUGCUGCUCUCCUCUCUCGAUGAUAUAAACUUUUCCCAGUUCUGGCCGGAUGAGGCCACGCCCAUCGAGAGCGAUCACUAUCGCGUGAAAUAUCUGAACAAGACGAACAAGAGCGACUAUGUGACUCGGGACUUUGUCAUUCAGUCGAUACAGGAUGACUAUGAGCUGACGGUGAAGAUGCUGCACUGUCCCAGCUGGCCUGAGAUGUCCAAUCCGAACAGUAUAUACGACUUCAUUGUGGAUGUCCAUGAGCGCUGCAAUGACUAUCGCAAUGGACCAAUUGUUAUAGUAGACAGGUACGGUGGGGCGCAGGCGUGCACGUUCUGUGCCAUCUCAUCGCUGGCCAUUGAGAUGGAAUACUGCAGCACAGCGAAUGUAUAUCAGUAUGCCAAGCUGUAUCACAAUAAGCGGCCCGGGGUGUGGACAUCCAGCGAGGACAUACGCGUUAUCUACAAUAUACUUUCAUUUUUGCCUGGCAAUUUGAAUCUGCUGAAGCGCACGGCGCUACGCACUGAAUUCGAGGAUGUGACAACGGCCACGCCGGAUCUCUAUAGCAAAAUAUGCAGCAAUGCAGCGACAGAUGCUCAAAACUUAGAUAUUGUAGGCUAAACUAAAGAUACAAUUUAAAAUAUUUACAAUUAACAGACUCUACAAUUACGUAUGUAUGUAUGUAUGCAUAGGAAUGUAUUUAUUAACAUUUAGGUCGUCGAAAGCAAGGCGUUUAGCGCAUUGUCCAAAAAUUAUUCAUUCGCCUACUAAGCUCAUGUUUUAUUAAUUUUAUUUAUUUGUGUUUUAGUUGUCACACUUUCCAAAUGUAUACUCUACAAACUAUUUAAAUUAUUUACCCUCUUUAUAAUUUGUGUACACCAGAUUUACAGGCGGAUUUUACGAUAAAUAUUUUAUAUAUGUAUACAUUAAGUCACAAGAACAAAAAAAUCCAAAAGAAGUCGACAAAAAAAGUAAAGCAAAUAGUUUCAAACAGAGAGAUAAAAAAACAAAAAAAAAGAGUAAUUGCAAUGCGAUAUUAAGAAACGUAGAAAAAUGCACAAAGUGAACGGAGUAGAACUAUAGUAAAACAAAUAAUUGUCUCAUCGUUUACGAGUUUAUAUACUUUAGGCAUAGAUACAGGUACAUGCGAGGAUAUAUAAUUAAUUGAUAGUAGUUCAUUAAUGCAGGUUAAUGCUGCACACACACUUGUGCCAUGAUUUAUUAAGCUCCCCAUUAGAGCUUCUAUUAAAGUACUAACUAUUUGUUAAUGUCCGAGAUGAUGAAGCACUUUUUGCAUUUCAAAUUGAUUCAGUGUCCGUCCUAGUAUAUUUUAACAAACAACUUUUUCUGUUUUCUCUCCAUACAAAUUUGUUCGAACCUGUUUUUCCAUACACAUAGAAAUAACAAACCAACUCAAGCAAAACCCUAGCUAAAAAUGAAUUGCGAAUUUAGUAGGCAAGAAAACGAAUUAUUGUCAUAGAGUAUACAGAUUUAUCAAGCGCACCUUUGCACGGAUCACAUCACCCCACAGCCGCAACAACACCCACACAUCACUGUAAAUCCCAACA